UGAACAAAAGGCCAUGUCAUGUUUGACUUGUGAAAUACUUCUUGUUUCAUUGGUUUAUUCUUGUGGUCCUAUUUCAUUUCACCUGUCUUCAACCUUGGAGUGAUACAUGUACUUGAGAUGAAAUACUUCCGGAAUGAACUUGAGCAUAGCUUUCCUCCUCUUAUUCUACAAGGCACUGAUCUCUUUUGGUGAGAAAUGUCCAGGGAACUCCGACAAAUAUAUUUGGAGAGAUGGGAUAUAUUGUCAAAAGAUCUAUAACUGUCCCCCAGGUCACGAAAUAGUUGCCUGUGUACGUAAUUGUACCCCAGAAUUGUGCCAGUCUUGUUCUGACGGAAAAGUUCAACCAUUUCAAAUACACUCAAGUACCACGCCAGUAACAAAUAGGGAAUGUUUCCGACCCCAAAAAGAAUGUGAAGAUAUAGACCUCGUCCCAAUCCGAAAUGGCACCGCUAGUCCAGCAUGUGCAAAGGCAGAUGUUUGCCAAUGUGAUUUAUCCAAUUGCUGGUACGGCCGUAAUCCAUGCAGUUGCGAAAGGUACUACGACCAGUGUCCCGAAGAUGAAUAUUUAUUUGUUGACGGGAAUUCUCCAAGUUGCAAGAAGUGCCCAUACGGCACAAGGAAGAAAGGGAAAGGCUGUGGACCAUGUGAAGUGAUUGAUUCAUUUAGCCAGAAUAUGACGGCCACCGCCCCAGCUAUGACUGUUUCCGUUACCUCUGAAAUAUCCAGUUUGCCAUCCAUCGUCAAUAAUACUGCAGACACGUCUAAGAGUGUACAUGUUUUAUGGACAGUUAUUGGCACAGGAUUGCCCGUUGUUGUUGUUGUUGUGUUGGUGGUUCUAUCCAUCUGUUUAAGAAGAAAAUGUCGUUUUUGUGGCACACCUAAGCGAAGAGGCAUUAGCGAUGAAGAAAAUGUAAAUUCUGCUGAAGAUAAUCAAAAAGAAGAUGACACGGAAAAUGCAAUUCCAAUCGGAAGUUUCACGCCACUUAUCAUGUCUGAUUCAAAAGAAGACUUGAUUAGCCAUACGCCAAAAUCACCAAUUGUUUCUGAAACUGAACAACCAGGAGCAUUUCAUCCAUGUGACCCGCGGGCAUUAAGACAAAGACCUUUCAACGAUCAGGGUUCUUCUUUAGAAGAUGAUUCAUAUACCACUAAUUAUCCGGAAACAACAGAAGUCUCUGAAGAGACGAAUCUUUCGAAUCAACAAUCAUAUACAGACACUCCAUUGGUGGACACGAUUGAAAGAACGGAAGGUGUCGACUAUAUAUUAAAUAAAUUAAACGAGGAUAACUGUGAAGUAAAGCAACCAGUUCAAUGUGAGGAAGAGACAUUAAAUUCACAGACUUCCCAGAAAUUUCCACAUAGCGAUUUCACACAUCAGAAGGAGUUGUGUGAUCAGGUUUUUCAGAGUUUAACUGAUGAAAAGUUGUUGUGCUCUACUCAAAUUUCAGAUAAGACUGACCUUAAAACACAUAUAGAUUCUUUUCAUGAAAUAACUCAACAGAGAGAUAAACCCUCUUGACAGUGAAGGGAAAGAUAUCUUGCUCUUAAAAGGAUAAAAGAGUAUUGUUUUCACUCUUAAAAAACAAUCACGUAUAUUCCAUUAACUACAGUUAUGUAUGGUAAUACAUGUAUUUAUCAUCUAGUCUUAACCAUACUGUGCCAAAUGGUCAAGUGAGCCCUAUCUGUCUUCCUGUCAUAAAAAUGAAUAAUGUCAUUUUAAAACCUGAAGAAGAAUAUGACUUCAAUAAACAUCACAUGGUUAUAUAUAAUAGAUACUGUAAAUCAAAAUUUUGAAGAGUUUUGCCAACAGGUAUUUACAGAAGUCGCACUGUUCUAUUGAUAUUUUUUUUUAAAAAACACUCCCAUUUUUUUCCAAGAAAAAAAAAAGAACUUCGAGUCUCUUCUGUGUCCUCUUUUAAAGCUCCUUAUGAAAGUUUUGACGUUUCUUGCCCAUAAAUCUGUAUGUACUCUAGAUUAUAUUUUGCACACAUCAAGAAAUACCGGUACGUGUAUCAUGUACAUAAAUAGCUUCCAAACUAAGAAAUCAUGUUAUUUGUCUUGGUUUAGAACCAUAAUAGAGGGACUUAUUGGAUAUUCAUUUGCCGUAAAAUUGAAGGAAAUUGACUCGGGUGAUCAUUAUGGCAAAUGAUAAUUUUUUUUUCUUCUAGUCAGUGUUCUUGAAUAAAGAACAGUAGUCAUCGCCAUAAACACUUCAUUCUGAUAUUUAUAACGUCAUCAAUGAUUCAUAUGUGACGUAUAUUUGAAUAAAUACAUUUUUACAAUUGGCA